AAAAAUGCCGAGACGACCAUAGCCAAACAAUUAAGACCGUCAUUCCAACACCGUUACAUGCUGACACGACCUAGAGCUCACGUGACCUUGCUGUGCAAAUACUGAAGGUCAUGGAUAGGGUUCAGAGUUACUGUAAGGGAGCACUUAAAACUGCUCCUAUGGGAAAACCCUCUAUUCAGAACCGGAGCAGUAUUAUCAGGCUCUAAUCGAUUUCCGCGCCGCCGUGAUCAUCAACAAAUGCUCCCGUCCAUGAAAGGAAUACGUUACAGGUAAUCACAAUGACCAGGAUCUUCAUACAGAAGCAGUAGAGGGAGCUGUGUUUUAAACACAGCUGGAUUCGGUGUCCUUGAUUCAGUGACAUGUGAUUCGACGGUAAGCGCUUCGUGUCGUGAUGUCGUUUCUGUAACUAUUUCAGAAUUUCAGAUCUAUACUAAGCGACGUGGGCGGUUUUUACAGCUACACUUAUCAACAUGCAUACAACAUGCUGUGCUAUUGAACAACGUCCUUACAGCAUGGCCAUUAAGAUGUGCACCCACCGUCAAACUGUGUAAUAACUACCCAUGUGAAUUUCAGGAUUUCUACUUUACAACAUGAGAUAUGAGUACAGUGUGUUAAACAACAUUGAUUGACGGUCGCCAAGCUCAACUCGCCCCGGGAAACUUCCUCGAAAAGAGAUCGUGGCACGCGCUGUGACGUAUGACGAGCAGACGACAGUUUUAUUCAAGCCACACGGUCCAGUGAUUGGAAUAGGAAUGUGAAUGUAGGAGCUUCAGUGUACUGCAGGCUGUGUUAAACCUAAGGAAUAUCCUGCUGUGGUAGUUGUUUUUAGAAAUAUUCCAGACCUUGUGACUUGGAUACCCCAACGGAGGAUAUAAAAGGUAACCUUCCAAGGAGAGUAUAAUUCAUGUGUUUGUGUGUAUGUGUAACGUGAUCUUCGACAACAAAAGUGACAUCUUUUCCUGGCUGUGGAGGUUAGGGCGAUGAACAUGACAGGGAGAGGCUCAUAAAAUGUUUGUGAACAGUCACGUUGGGUGAUAAAUGUGAGUUGCUUAAAGUUUGUCGUGGGUUAUGUCAUGGCGACGACUUCAGAACAAUACACCAUGACAGAGAAGCAACUACUUCUCAUCAAUGACACAGCAGGGAUAGAAGCAAAUAUCAGUGUCGGGGGGUUCGUUGUGGACGCUGCAAAACGGAACCACACCGUAAUGGUUGCCAGUGUCAUGUUUGGCACCGGGGUCUUCGGAAAUCUCUUGGCCCUCUUCGUCCUUGCAACGUCUGCCAUUGAGCAAAGAAGGACUUUGUUUUACAAAUUGGUCGCGGGAUUAGCAGUCACAGACCUGUUCGGGACGUGCGCCCUGUCACCUGUAGUUAUAUCAGUAUAUGUGAAUAAUUUCAAAUGGAUAGGUGGCAUGCCUGUGUGUCACUACUUUUCCUUCAUGAUGAUAUUUGCCAGUUUCACCACACUGUUCAUCGUUACCUCUAUGGCAGUGGAGCGCUACAUCUGUGUCCGUCAUCCGUAUCUAUAUCACACAAGGCUCACAGCAACAUAUGCUAAAGUCACACUUAUAGGCUCAUGGGUGUUGUCAAUAUUGAUUGCUUCGUUUCCUCUAAUGGGAUUUGGAAAAAAUAUAUACCAGUAUCCCAAAACAUGGUGCUUCUUUGACUAUGUAAGCAAGGACCCUGUGAAUAUUGCCUUCAAUUUGUUCUAUGCUGUUAUAGCUUUAAUCGCUAUUUUCGUGACCAUCAUUUGUAAUAUAGUUGUUAUAUACACUCUCAUAAGGAUCAGGAAAAAACAAGGGAUACUUAAUGCCCCAGGUGGGUGUGCGAGGAAGUUUAAGAGCAACAACAAGAGGUACGCCGAGAUUCAGAUGGUGGUGCUUCUCAUUGGAAUUACUGUUGUCUUCGCAAGCUGCUACUUUCCGCUGAUGAUUUAUGUGCUACUAUGCCAGACAGACCUAGUUACGUUAAUGAAGACGAACAAAAUGGGUCUUCUGCUGAUUCGUUUCGCUUCGUUUAAUCCUAUACUGGAUCCCUGGGUGUAUAUUUUAUUUAGAAGAGAGCUUGUAUGGAAGAUUGUAAAUGCCAUAAAAUGCAUUCUAAGGAUUGAACAAAAAAAUAUACAAAAUGUAAAAACUCCUUUAAACGAAGAGGAACCGAACUGCUGUAUGUUUUGUUUACAGUGUCUGUGCGAACCUCCCAAUACAAAAACAAACUACUCAGUCUCAAGGCCGUCCGCGACCUUACAAAGGUCUCCCUCUGAGCGCAGGCGUCUCAGCGAGAGCUUGUACGGGAAUGGAACAGUUACAUCUAAGCUGCUGAUACAAACCCCUUCACCGGCAGACGAAAUGGUUUUAAAGUCAUAUAGACACGCACAAGCUCGUAGUUGAUUAUUAUUAUAAUUAUUGAUUUCAUUAGUAUACCCCAUUUCAGUUCAUUAGAUACCUGUGCAUACUUGACACACAAUGAAUAUAGAGAUUUAUCUUUAGACCAUUUCACACUGCUGUAAUUUAAUAUCAAAGGGUGGCCCAAUUGUCUAAGGCGCCGUUGUGCAGAGUUGUGUCCCUUGGGAACGCCAGAAACCUACGAUUGUGGGUUCGAAUCCCGGUUCGUCCCGAUUAUGUUUCUAUGUUUGUCAGCACCAUACCCGUGCUCG